UAACCUGAGCAAGGACAGAGAGGAGCAAACAUACUAAGGGCCAGCAGUGACAAUCCAGAUAGUCAGUGACAGAGGACAGAGAGGGAGAGAGGCAGACACCAAGAUUGAUCAAAGCUCAAGAUUUGAAAAGCAUCCAGCUGCAAGAUGCCAGCUCUGUGGCGCUCCACUUUCGUCCUGGUGAUGAUACUGCUUGCCAUUAGUAGGCCCAGCCUGGCAUCUCAGGCAGGGAAAACAGAAUCUCAGGCCACAGGAAAUGGAACAGAACAUACUAUCACCACCCUGCCCAUCGUUAUCUGGAAGUGGGAGGAAAUUCACUUCCCAUAUCUGGUGGCACUCUGGAUCCUGGUCAGCUGGCUCUGCAAACUCGUAUUCCAGCUGAACCCCUGCCUGACCAGAGUGAUCCCGGAGAGCGGCCUCCUCAUUUGCAUCGGUUGGGUCCUGGGCGGCAUCAUCUAUGGGGCAGACAAGGUGCAGACCUUCAGGCUGCAGCCCUUCACCUUCUUCUUCUACCUGCUGCCACAGAUCGUCCUGGACGCGGGCUACUCCAUGCCCAACAAGCUGUUCUUCGGCAACUUGGGCGCCAUCCUGGUUUACGCUGUUAUUGGCACCUGCUGGAACGCUGCCACUUUGGGACUCGCCCUUUGGGGGUGCUGGUUGGGCGGGGCCAUGGGUAAUAUCGACACUGGUCUCCUGCAGUUGUUGUUGUUUGGGAGUCUGAUUGCUGCUGUGGACCCCGUGGCUGUGAUUGCCGUGUUUGAGGAGGUCCAUGUCAACGAGGUCCUGUACAUCCUGGUAUUUGGGGAGUCCCUUCUCAACGACGGCGUCACAGUGGUGCUGUUCAAUGUGUUUGAUGCAUUUGUGUCGCUUGGAGGGCCACAAAUCGACAUUGUAGAGAUCAUCAAAGGCAUAAUCUCAUUCUUCGUGGUGGCGGUUGGAGGCUCCCUGGUUGGUGUCGCCUUUGCUCUGCUGAUCUCGCUCCUGACCAGAUGCACCAAGAACAUCCAGAUUAUCGAGCCAGGCUUCAUCUUCGUCCUGGGCUACCUCUCUUACCUCACAGCCGAGAUGCUCUCCCUAUCCGCUAUCCUGUCGUGUACAUUCUGUGGGGUCUGCUGUCAGAAGUAUAUCAAUGCCAACAUGGACGAGAAGUCGGUCAGCACGGUACGAUACACAAUGAAGGUGUUCGCAAAUGGCUCAGAGACCAUCAUCUUUGUCUUCCUCGGCAUCUCGGCAAUAGAUCCGUCUAUAUGGGUGUGGAACACAGCCUUUAUCCUCCUCACACUCCUCUUCAUCUUUGUGUUCAGGUUCAUAGGGGUCUUUUUACUGACCUGGAUUCUGAACCAGUACCGACUGGUUCCCUUGGACUAUAUUGAUCAACUAGUGAUGGGCUACGGUGGCCUACGAGGGGCCGUAGCCUAUGGCCUUGUGCUCCUGCUGGAUGAGAAUAAGUACAAGGAGAAGAAACUGAUGAUCAGCACCACCCUCAUAGUGGUGUACUUCACUGUCAUGUUGCAGGGAAUAACCAUGAAACCACUGGUCACCUGGCUGAAAGUGAAGAGAGCAGCAGUGACAGAACGCACACUAGCUGAAAAAAUACAGAAUAGGACCUUUGACCACAUGCUUGUCGCCAUAGAGGACAUUUCUGGACAAAUAGGAGAUAACUACAUGAGAGCCAAGUGGAAUAAGUUUGAGGAGAAGUGGUUGUACUGGUUCUUGAUGACGCCCUCUGCCAGGAAGUCUUGUGACCCCAUAUUCAACAUUUUCCACAAGCUCAACAUCAAGGAUGCCACAAGCUAUGUGAAAGAGGGAGAACGCAGAGGCUCAUUGGCGUUCGUACGUAAUGAAAGCAAGGCCGAUGUGGAUUUCAAUAAGAAGUUUGGUGCCGAUUUCUCAGAGAUGAUGCCUUACAUCAUGACAGAAAAUAUGGGACCAGAUCAUGUUCCAGUCUCCUCCAUCUUACGGGACAGUGUGCCCUCUGUUUGCCUGGACAUGCAUGAGCAGGACCUGAAGAUGAGGGAGUCAGAAGACUUUGACGCACGCCAUCUGCUGCAGCAGCACUUGUACAAAGGCAGGAAACAGCACAGACACAGGUACAGUCGGAAGCACCUCGAAGUCAACGAGGACGAGCAUGAGGUGCAGGAGAUCUUCCAGAGAACCAUGAGGAGCCGUCUAGAGUCCUUCAAGUCAGCCAAAAUGGGUGUCGCUCCACCCAAGAAGAUAAGCAAGCAUUUAAAGAAAGACCAGCCACAAAAGAUGCCAAAUGGAAAAUCCACGGAUAACAGUAAAAGCAAUGCUUAUGGGGAUGAAGAUUUAGAGUUUUCUGAAGGAGACAGUGCCUCUGGUUGCGAGGCUGCUGGCGGUUCAUUCCCCAUGACAGCCUAUAGAGGAGCUGGAAUCGUCAACCCAGCUUUCAUGGCGGAGAUGGACACCAUGGACCCCAUGCCACCAAUGCAGCAGAUUCCUUCAUGGCUGGCUGAAGCCGGGGUGGACAGCAGCACCGUGGUCCCUUCUCAGAGGGCUCAGCUGAGACUGCCCUGGACACCGAGCAACCUCCGCCGCCUGGCUCCGCUGCGCCUCAGUACCCAUUCCAAUGACUCCUUCCUGCUGGCUGACUCCCCUGCCACACAGGAGGGCAUCUCUGAGCUCCCACCACCACCUCCCCCACAAGACGGACAGGGUCGGGGUACCCACAAGUAGCCCUUCCACAAACUGACCUCUUUUGACCCCUAACCCUGGGUCCAGGUUCUGACCCCAGUUGCCAAAGAUCAAACUGCAGACAUCAGACUUGUUUUUUGUUCUGUUCAGUUGUUUAAUCAUAGUCCUGUAUACCAAACAAAACAAUCCAGGUCGUCACCCUUGUGCUCUCCAAAUAAGGCUUUGGGAAUUGCACAAUUUACUGAAUUCUUCCGUAUGUGUUUAAUUGUAGGUUAGGUUUUAUAAAGGGGACUGCACUGUAUGCAACUCCAUCUUAAAAUAUGGAGAUCAUCAUGAGACCAACACCAAAUAAGAAUAAUUGGACAUGUGACCUUGCCGUCCAAAUCCAUGGACUCAGUUUACCUGACAAAACCAAUCCCUUAAACAACUCACUUAGAUCCAAUGUUGACCGAUAGUAACAGAAAGUUUAACCACACUCACUAUAUUUAAGUCCAUUGAAUGAUACCAAACAAGCAAGUUUAUGCAUGGUUUCAGACUGUCCUUUUUGUGACCACACCACCUCAGCCCUUAAUGUGAGAAAAUAAUCUAAAUUUAUAUUGCAGAUUUAGAAAUGUUAGGCCUAUUGCAAUUAUAUUGAUUGAAAUGAUGUCUUAAUCGCUUUGUGUGUGUUUUUUUCAGUUUGUUUGAGAGACUUGUAGCCACUAUUUAUUCACUAAUAAAGUGUAUUGGCCACCUGUA